AUGGCAGAUGGGCUAGGAGGGCUUAGAGCCAUGAGGAAAACUGCAGAGCCCAGUGGAGCCAUGGCAGGGCCUGAAGAGCUAAAAGAGGAGGAAAUGGAAGAAAGAGGCCAGUGGAGUAACAAAGCGGAGUUUUUCUUGUCUGUGGCUGGGGAGAUCAUUGGUCUGGGAAAUGUGUGGCGAUUCCCAUAUCUCUGCUACAAGAAUGGAGGCGGAGCUUUCCUCAUCCCCUACCUCAUCUUCCUCUUCACCUGUGGGAUCCCAGUGUUCUUCCUGGAGAUUGCACUGGGGCAGUACACGAGCCAGGGAGGGCUGACAGCCUGGAGGAAGAUCUGCCCAAUCCUCGAAGGAAUUGGAUAUGCAUCACAAGUCAUUGAGGCCUAUCUGGUUGUUUACUACAUUGUCAUCCUGGCCUGGGCAUUCUUUUACCUGUUCAGCUCCUUCACUGCCGUGCUGCCAUGGACUAGUUGCAGUAAGCCCUGGAACUCAGAUCUCUGUGUGGACUUUCUGAAUAGCUCCAGCUUGGACAACAGGACGGUGCCUGUGAACGCCACUUCCCCGGUGAUUGAGUUUUGGGAGAAGCGAGUGCUGGGGCUCACGGAUGGUAUUCACAAACUGGGCACUGUGCGCUGGGAGCUGGCUCUGUGUCUCCUGCUCGCAUGGAUCAUCUGCUACUUCUGCGUCUGGAAAGGGGUCAAGUCCACAGGCAAAGUUGUUUACUUCACUGCCACCUUCCCUUAUGUGAUGCUGGUGGUCCUACUAGUGCGAGGAGUCACUCUACCAGGCGCUACUGAGGGCAUCCUCUUCUACCUGAAGCCAGACAUUACCAGGCUUGCAGACCCACAGGUCUGGAUGGAUGCAGGCACUCAGAUCUUCUUCUCUUAUGCCAUUUGCCAGGGAUGUCUGACAGCUUUGGGCAGCUAUAACAAAUACAAGAACAACUGUUACAAGGACUGUAUUAUGCUGUGUCUCCUGAACAGUGCCACCAGCUUUGUUGCUGGCUUUGCCAUUUUCUCUGUGCUGGGCUUCAUGGCUCGAGAGCAGGGUGUACCCAUUGCAGAAGUGGCUGAAUCAGGUCCUGGCCUAGCUUUCAUUGCAUAUCCAACAGCAGUAACAAUGAUGCCUGUGUCUCAGCUCUGGUCCUGCCUCUUCUUCCUCAUGUUGAUCUUUUUGGGACUGGACAGCCAGUUUGUCUGUGUGGAAAGCAUGGUGACAGCUAUUAUUGACAUGUUUCCGGAAGUAUUUCGGAAGAAGGGGUGUCGAGAGCUGCUGAUCCUGGCCAUUGCAGUUGUAUGCUACUUCCUGGGCUUAUUGCUGGUCACUGAGGGAGGGAUGUACAUCUUCCAGCUCUUUGAUUAUUAUGCUGCCAGUGGUACCUGCCUGCUCUUCCUGGCCAUUUUCGAAGUCAUCAGUGUAGGAUGGGUGUAUGGUGCGGACCGCUUCUAUGACAACAUUGAGGAUAUGAUUGGUUUCCGGCCAUGGCCCUUGAUUAAGAUAUGCUGGUUGGUGUUCACCCCUGGCAUGUGCCUGGCAAUCUUCCUGUUUUCCCUGAUCAAGUACACACCCUUGAAAUACAACAAUGUCUACGUGUACCCACCCUGGGGCUAUGUGGUGGGCUGGCUGAUGGCACUCUCCUCCAUGGUCUGUAUUCCUCUCUACGCCGUCUUCAUCCUCCUGAAAACCAAGGGACCCCUGAAGCAGCGGCUAAAGCAGCUCAUUUCCCCUGCGGAGGAUCUGCCCCAGCCGAAGAAGCAGCAUGUGGCUGGAGAGUCCGAGCCCUGGGAUGGCUCUCAGGCAGAGCACAGAGCACUGUCCCCUCCCGUCAAGGAGGUACUUGGCACCACAGAGGGAGAAACCCACUUGUAA